AUGGCUAAAUCAUAUCAUCGACACUUACGGGCAGCAUUUGAACCCAGUGAUGUCAAAUUAUUAACAGCAACCCCCACAGCAAAAUUACUUACCGAGAAUCCAACCUUGGUAUCGGCAUUAUCACAAAUCUUUCCUUAUUUAUUAUUAAUUGAUAAUCUAUUGUCUAUAUUGACAUGGACUAAUGAUGAUCAUUAUGAGAAUUUCUUGUAUAUGAUAAUCUAUUCGUUUAUUGUUAUGUAUUGGAAUUGGGUGAGUCAUUUUAUAUUACCAUUACUAAUCGCAUCAACUUUUGCAAGUGUAGUUUGGACAAUAUCAUCAGUGGUUCAUGCUUGCAAAUGGGAAGACCCUCCUACAAUUGAUGAGGUCUUAUAUACAUUACAUAAUAUAACGGUGAGGUGUGAAAUGUUAUUUCAACCAUUGAAACAUCUUCCAUUUAAAUUGGAGAAUUAUAUCCGAAUGUUUCUCACAGUAUCACUUCUUACUCCAUUGCAUUUAAUUUUUACGAAAUAUAACAUAAUCACUCCUCAGAAGUAUCUAUGGCUAGUGGGAUUAAGUAUGUUUAGUUUUCAUGCGCCUUGGGCAUUUGCAAUCAGACGAUUACUUUGGCGAUCAACAUAUGUUAGAAUUGCAGCUAUAUAUAUUACUGGAUUUGAUAUCAAACUUAAGAAAAGUCUGUAUAGUGCUCGUUCAAUAAUAUCCAAUCCUUCUACUACUGAUGUGGAAGACUUGUCAACCAGUUUGUCAUCGGCUGCAAUUCUUGGAGAUUUCAAGAUUGUUCAAAAAUCAGUUGUUUCCCCCACACAAAUCAAACAAUUGGUUUUAUUUGAAAUUCUUGAGAAUGAAAGAAGAUGGAUUGGAAUGGGAUGGUCAAGUUUGUUAUAUCCUACAGAAAGAUCAAACUUCUGUUAUGAAGGUUCAUAUAAUUCUGCACCUAAUAUUAAUGAAACUAAAGAAUUCCCAUUCCCAAUUUUUGAAAAUGAUAUAUAUUCAUAUAGAUGGGAAUGGCUAGAUACUGAAUGGAAGUUAGAUCCUGAGUUUAGUAAGUCUAAAUCUAAAGAAGGUUGGGUAUUUUAUGAUUCUAGUUGGAAGGAUGGCCGUGGGAGAGAUGGGUUUUCUCGUUUUACAAGAUCUAGAAAAUGGACAAGACGAGCAAACUUAUUGAUUGAUAAACAAAAGACUGUAUAUGAUGAGUAA